AUGCGGCUAGAUUGUGUCCUAGUCGCCCGACCACCACACAAAAGGCGUCGUAUAGAUUCGCAGGCUGGGCGAACUGAUGUCACGGCGCCCACCAGCCAGAGGCCGAUGCGCCCUACUGUCUCUUUAUCAUCAGUUAAGAAACAGCGCGCCUCAUCCGCUGGAGCUGUAACGAAAAAGACGCCUUUCCAGCCAACGGGCUCAGGAAAAUCGACAGUGGGAUCCACCACCACAGCUGCUACGUUUGGUUUGUUGACGCCCACGUCGACUGCAACCGCACAGCAUACACCCAACGAUGCGCCCUCGGGCACUGAGAAGGGCCAUCCAGCGAUUCCAGAGUCUGAUAUCGUUUAUGGGACCAACCCAGAUAGCGAGCCGCUGAUCUUGCCCACAGCCUCUACAAGAGCUGCUUCGCAGGCGCCGGCUUCAUUGCUUGCGGCCAACGAACCUCCGCCUGACGUACUUCUACGACAAUCACCCCCGCAUCGGCAGGACGUCCCUGGGUGCGAUGGGCUGGAGAACGCAGAUCCCUCGCUAGUCAGCUUUGAAUUGCUGGACGUCCCAGACUUGCCUUCCUGGGUUAGCACGAGUGUACCCUCGCUCGACGAUACCGGCCGUCUCUCCCAGCAGGAACGGGAACUGUACCUCCCAUCUGGCGUGUCCUCCGUCCUCACAGCAAUGAAACACUCCCUCGCCUCGGAACGUGCGGCGCGCCUGCGCGCCGAGACCCUGUACGAGCUGGAGACACGCCUCCGCGCCGCAGCCCAGCGCAAGACGGAGCACGAGGCUCUCCUGCGCGCACGGGCCGAACGCGAGGCGGAGCGCCAGCGCGCCGAGAACGCGCGCAUCCAGCGGCGGCACCGGGAGUGGAUCUCCGCGACCUCCGCCUCGCUCGUCGACAGUCUCACGCAGUUCAGCGAACGGCUCCUCAAGGAGGCCGGCGCGCUUUCCCGUCCCUUGUCAUCCACUCCGGCACCGCAGGCAGCAAAAACCUCUUCCGCCGGAGAUGCCGCAGACUAA